GGAGGAAUAUUUACAGAUCAAAGUGCUCCUGGAGGGGAAGCAGGGAGCCAGUCACCGGAGGGGUAGAGGCCUCCUUUGCGGUGGAUUAAGGGAACAAGAGAACAGAGGGGGUCAGGCCCUCCAGCACCAGGAGAGAGCUGCCCCCCUUGCCCGCCCCCCUGCGCCAUGGGCAAGGACUACAACGAUUUCCAGUCGCUCGAGCCGGAUGAUGGGACCUGUGCCCCGAGCGGGAGAGCGUUCCCGCCCCGGCACUGGGGCUGGCAGCGUCUCUGCGCCUCCCCCCGGCCGCUCCAAGCCCUGCUGGCGCUGUGCGUCGGGCUCAGCAUCGGGACCAUCGCGCUGGCCGUCAGCAACUCCAGGCUGGGCGCGGAGCAGCAGGGGACGCGGGGGGUGCUGGCCAGCAUGAACCAGAGCCUGAGCGCAGAGCUCGAGGGGAUAGCCCGGAGCGCUCAGCAGCAGCUGGAGGAGCAGGUCGGGGUGCUGCGGGACUCUCUGAACUCGCUCAACUGUGACUUGAUCGAACUGAAAUCCAACGGGAGCCGGGCCGGGUGCUGCCCCAGGGGUUGGCUGCGCUUCGGGGACAGCUGUUACUGGUUUUCCGGCAAGCAGAAGACCUGGGAGGAAUCGAACCUGUACUGCAAAGCCCAGAACUCCCACCUGGUCGUCAUCAACACACAGGACGAGCAGCUGUACAUACAGCAGCAGACGGUCCCUUGGUACACCUGGAUCGGUUUGUCCAAUAGAAGCGGCCGGUGGCAGUGGGUCGACGGUUCCGUCUACACCAUGGACGCCCGGGAGUGGAGGGCAGGCCAGCCCGACGAAUCGGACGGCCACGGCCUCGGGGGCGGGGAGGACUGCGUGUACCUGCACGACGACGGGCUCUGGAACAAUGCGCAGUGCUCCCGCCGCUACCGCUGGGUGUGCGAGGAGGAACUCAAGGGUUAAGGCCGGCUGGGGGUGGAUCCAGGCCUGGGAAGCCAAUGUGGGGGAGGGGCUGGGG